CGUCGCGUGUUUUCAAUCUCACCAUGAUUUGGGUUUGUUCCUCUGCCCGAUCCUGCCAUUUUGAUUUGCAAUAGCACUAUCCAGGAACAACAUAUACUCAUUCCAUCAUCGUUUGUUAUAAUCAAUCAUCAUCAAUGGCGUCAUCCCAAGUUGAAAUUGCUUUGACCUCCCCAUUUGGUUGUAUUCUGAGAAAAUAUAACAAUAAUCAUCAUCGCGAGAGAUGCAACUCUGCAACUUGCCAUUUCCAGAACAAUGACAGAAGCUUCGUCGAAGAUCAUCAUCACGUCGACAACAUCAACAACAUGAAUGAUCCUAAGAAGAACAGAAACGUAGGAUUCACGAAGAAGGAAAAAGAAGAGGAAUCCUUCUCCUCCUCGUCAUCCAGCAGCAGCAGCAACCCUAAUAAACAGUCACAGAUUCUGGAUCGAUGGGCGGCAAGAAAGGCCAAAGAAAUGGUAUCCACAAUCGAGACGGAAGCUGAGCUUCUGGAGAAUCUGGGUUCUUCUGCGGCGAGGCUGCCAACAACUUCCGCAUCAGAAACAUCGAACCGUGGAGCUUCAUCUCUGGUUCAAAUAUGGGAGAAGAGGCUGAAUAACCGAAACCAGUCACUCAAGUACUAUAACAACAACGGAAACAACCAUAAUAUUCCCAGUACAACGAGCAGAACAUCAUCGAUCGGCUCAGAUAUUACUGGAGAAUUCACGGAUAGUGAAUCAUCGUCAUCGUAUUCAGAUUGGGUGGCGAAUGUUACAAAUGAGCCUACAUGUUCGACCCCAAAGGUGGCAGACAUUAUCAAGAGAUUGAAGGAGAAGAAUAAUAAUAAUAAUGACAACCAUGGGCAAGAACAAAGUAAUAAUACAUCAAACAAUAAUAAUAAUAACAUGAUGAUGGUGAUGAUGAUGGGAUCGUCAUCGUCGUCUUCAUCCUUGUCGAGAUUGAAGGUGCGAGCUUGCAGAGAACAAGGAGAACAUCAUCACACGAGCGUGUUGCUUCACCAGGUCACGAGCUCUCCUCGGCUUCGAGGCCGUCGAGCAUAUACAGAUUUGCUUAUGCAGAUGGAACGAGACAGACACGGAGAGCUCAAUCAUUUGGCUCAGCUUGCACCUGUUUCCAACUUUUCACAAAGAGGUCGAAGUCGUAUUCAGUCACUCCUGCGGCUUAGAUUAUUAAAACGACAUCAUGAAUCAACAAUAUAUGAAGCGACUAGACAACCAAAAGGGUCCACAAUUAUGCACCUAAGGGAAAGAUUUAACGUAGAAACAAUGAAACAAGGAAGUACAAGGCAACCAGAAAUAGCUAGUAGUUCAAGAAACACUAGUCCAAAUCAGCCCCAAAACCCUUCUUCCCCUAAUAACCCUAGGGAUGAUCACGGGUCGAACCGGGUGGUCGAUGUGACAGAUGGCUGCCAAACUGCUGAUGAUAAUAAUGCAAAUGAUCACUCGGUAGCAUGUGCUCAUAAUAAACCAAUGUCUCAAACAAAUGAAGAACAAGAAGAAGCUCAUGCAAAUUCAGAAACUCAAAAAGUUGCUGCAUUAUCGGAAGAAGUUGGUGAGACAAGUACUUGCAACAUGGUUGAUUCAAAUGCAAACCAUGAGACGACAAAGGAUAGUGAAGAAGAUCUGGCAGAGGUAAAGCAGGAUAAUUAUAGUGCAGAAACUGAAAUCAGUUAUGUAGAUGAAACAAUGAAUAUUGAAGAAGAGGGAUAUGCAAGUGAAGGCAAUGAUUUUGUUGAUGAUGAACAUUAUUAUUAUGAUUGGAUCAGUCCUAUUUCUCGCCCUAGAAGCUAUUGGGAAGAUCGUAGACAAGCCUGGUAUAGAGAGAUGCUUGACACGGCUUCUUCUGAUAAACGAGAGAUACGUCAACUUCUUGAACGGAGAACAGUUUCAAGUUUCCUUUCAAGUGACAUGAGAGAAAGAAUGGAUAAAUUGAUGGAAUAUCACGUAGGAACACAGACACAUUUUAUCAGUAGGCAAGACCAAGAAGAUGAUGAAGAUGGUGGAGGUAGAAUGGGCCAUCAAUUAAUGUCAUUUUUGCAACAACGCAUUCAACGUCAUGCAGGUCACAACAACCACAGAGAAGACGAACCAGAAGAAGGUGAUGAAAAACAAGAGUACGUACAACAAGAACAAGAAGAAGAAGAAGAAGAGGAAGAGGAAGAGGAAGAGAGCUUGAGUAACAAUAACGGUGUUUACAAUGAAACCAGUGAUGAUGGUAAUCAAUCAUCAUCAUCAACACAAAUUUUUAGUUCCCCUUCUCCCAACAUGUCAUCUUGGAGUUACAGAGACAACGAAGCCAGUGAUGAUUCUGACAGACUUGAAUCUGCUACGUCUUCAACACAACCUUCUUAUCGCCAAUCCUCGUCUUCUAUUAAUCCUCAUUCAAUGGAAAUGGAUUUGAUAUAUGACAUGAGAGGCCAGAUGAAGCAGCUGUACAGAGAGAUGGCUGAGAUAAGAAAAUCGCUCAAUAGCUGCAUAGAUAUGCAGAUGAUGUUACAAAAAUCAAUGAAACGAGAUAUUAACUCAGCACUUAGAGAGAAGAAGAAGAAGAAGACGACCAAUGAGCAGAAGCCACAGAAGAAAGGCAAUUGUUGUAUUUGCUACGACAAGAAAGUUGACUCACUUUUAUACAGAUGUGGGCACAUGUGCACAUGCAUGAAGUGUGCGAAUGAGUUGCAGUGGAAUAGUGGAAAGUGUCCAAUUUGUCGAGCUCCAAUAGCAGAUGUUGUCAAGGUUUAUGUCGAUGUCUAGAUUCAUAACCAUGAAGACCACCAUUAUUGAAGCCAUAAAUACUUUUUGUAUUAAUUCAUAUAUAUACUUUAGGACAUGUGCACAUUCAACUAUAUUUG